AUGGUGUCCCCCCGAUCCUUUCCAUUCGUUCGCCCACGCAGAAACUCCACAAAGCAGAAGAACAAGAAAGGAACUCGACUGCCACCGCCACUGAGACUCGACUGCCGUUUGUUCCAUGCUCAAGUCCAAAAAGAUAUCAGUCUGAUGGGCCCGCCCCCCAGAGCCGUGCGGGGGAGUAUUUCAGGCUCAUCGAAGGCCAAGAGGAACAAAGGGAACAAAGACAGUGGAUCACAAGAAGUGCCGUUGAAGAUGGAAAUUCCCUUAGCAAGCCUCUCAAUUGAGGCUGCCAAAGAAUAUCACGUUGAAUGCCCUGAGAAGAUGAAGACCACAGGACGGUCUCUUACUCGAAGAAACCACCAUCAACAAACACGACCCGCUAUUACAACGUCCAAGAGAACCUCACCGGAGCGGUCUACACAGACUCGAUCUGUUUCUCCUCAAGGAUCACUACGCACAAUUAUCGUUCUUGAUACACCUGGUACCUCCGAUGACGAGGAGUCCGACAUUUCGCCCUUAUCUGACGACCGCCCAUCUGCUGCAUCUCGAUCUGGCGCAGCCUUACGUCGUUUCUUCCCCGAACUAUCAUCUGCCAAUUUCGCAGUCGUGUCUCCGAUGAGUGCUGAUGCCAGUGCCGAUCAACAGAACCUGAGGCCAAUCGAGUUCUCGUCGAUCUUCGAGUCCGAACUCCACGAGCGGGUCCACAUCCUCUAUAAGAACUCGGCCGAUGCCGUCGAGAGCCCAUCGACCGACGUGGAUCAAGCCUUGGAGCACAAGCCAGGUUCGUCCUCGGGAUCAGGAUCAGAGGAUGUCUUUGACUGUGCCUCGUCCUGCUACAGUCGUCGGAGUUCUAUCACCAGUGUUGGGACAGAGUGUUUCAGCCCGGCUGCAAAGGAACUCGAUCGAUACUCCAUCCUCUCCCCCGUUGCAGCUGGUGUCUUUGAUGACUCUGCUUCGGCAUGCCCGUCCCGGGGCCUAUCGCGGGCUCCGUCGUUUGCAUCGGGCGUGCCAUCUGCAACGUCACCCGGUCCAGAGUAUGCAGCGAGCUCAAUCUAUUCGUCGAGCCCAACGCCGCCAUCUCGAUGCACCUCAAUGUCCUCCAGAAUUUCCUUGAAUGAUUACAAAAACAAGCCUCUCCCUCUUGAGCCUGUCCAAGAGCCCAGCCCAUUAGCGAUCCGCCGCCAUGACCACACUCAGCAAUCUGCGACGACUGAAGCCUCGCUAUCAACGGGAUUUCACUCAACCUAUCGUCAUCAUAACUUGAGUCAUUCAACAAGCACACACUGGAAGCAAUCCGGGCAAGCCUGUCAGAACUGUGGAGAAUGCGCUGGGGGCCGUAAUAGCGGUGACCCCGUUCAAUCCCGUCGGGGCCGUCGCUCAGAGUGGUCAGAGGCUAGCAAUGGGCAGCGCCUGCGCCAUAUCCCAACGCUAGCACAAGCUGCAGAAGAAUUGGAAUUCGCCCUAGCCGACCUUGCCAGAGACCCGCAUAUGCAGCAACGGACCCUGCUAGUGCUCGACGGACCGCUGCAGAUCAGUCGACACAAUGGUGAUCUAGUCGCAACGCGACCAGCACCACUGCCCCCCUCAACCAAGCCACAUUCCCAAGCGCAAGCGCACUCAUCCAAAUCAUUUAAGAAGAGCAGGAGUUUCCACACAAAGGUCAAAUCAUUUGACGAUGCCAUAAGUCCCCGGUCGGCCACGCUCAAAGCCCUCCGUUCGACCAAAGAGAGGCCGUCUCCUCCCCUCCCCGACAAGGAAUCCAAGAACAAAGGCGAGGCCGCCCCCAAAACCCCCAAGACCCCCAAACUCAAGGACGAGGCCAAGUUGUCUUUCAGAAGUUCCAACUCCAUCUCUCGCUCUACCGACGACUUUUUCAAAUCACCCAAGAUGAAGAAAUCCUUCACUCUGACGAUGCCAUCCUUCCGGCGCACGCAUCACACUCGGGCCCCGACUCUGCAAGAACCCCGUCUGAGCGUCGUACUGAGUUCACGGUCGGAAACUUCCCUGCUCGACCCACACACAUCCACCGAGGCCCGCCCGGACGGGCCCCCACGACUUUCUUCACACUCGGAUCCCAGUUUGGACUUGGACGAGGAUCUGGACGCAGGCGCGGCCUCCAAGCGGGCCGAUCUCCUUCUGCAACUCCCGCGCCUGCAGACUCAAGAUCUCGCCUUCCAAAAUCCCUUCGAACCGCUCAGCAUCGAGGAGGAACUCCUCGCUCUAACACGAACACAACACGAGCGGGAGAAGCAGCCACAACCACCACAACCAAAGCAAAUGCCAGGGGCCGCCCCCUCGUUCUGCGCCCCCGGCCCCACGCAGACAGUGCAACAUCAACAUCCCCACCCCGCGCAGGCCGUCGCCUCGCCGAGGGGCGAUGCAAAAGUGUCGACUCUUCAGCUGCGCAUCAUACCACCUGAGGAUGAGAAAAUGCUCGUUGCGAGUGAACUCGUCGCCAGCGAAUGGCUGCGACAUACGCAGGCCUUUGUCUCGACGGCACAGGCGAGUAGUGUGCAACUUCCUCCCGAACAGAUCUACGAGCUUGCAGCAACGCCGCCCUCUCCGUCAUCCUCGAUGCCAGCCAUGUUUAUGGAACAGUCACACAUGCCCGUCGAUUUUCCCAUCGAGAUGCCGGACCAUCUGAUCGUUCUGAUCAUGGGGCGGAUCGACUCACUGGACGAUCUAUUUAAUUUCGUCCUUGUUAACAAGCGUUUCUACCAAAUUUUCAAGCGUCGCGAGCUUUUCUUCAUCAAGGGCGCGCUGUUCCGUAUGUCGCCGCCCGCGUGGGAGUUGCGCGAGAUGAGUCCGCCAUGGAAGAAUGAGUGGCAGCUCCUGCUAGAGCCGGAUACGCCGCUGCCCGAGUAUACCCCGGAGUCGUACUUGGAUCGCUAUGCCUGCGAUAUUUAUACGCUCGCGCAGCUGAAGUCUAUGAUCUUAGUUCGCUGCUCGCCAUUCUUGCGUCGGGAUACAGUCAGGGGUCUGUCCGGCGUGGAUAUUGUUCGCGCCGAGGAAGUAGACGAUGCUUUUUGGCGAAUAUGGACGUUCUGUCGCAUCUUUGGAAGUGGCAAGGGUCGCGAAAAUGAUUUGGAAGGUCAGAUGGAUUGGUUGAAGGGUGGACCAAAGGCCCGGAGCUCAUUUGGAGCAUCUUCCACCGUGACGGAGCCUUUUGGUAUGAACAAUGUGUUGUUUGAGCCACCCGAGGGUUUCGCCCGUGGAAACAGCGUCGCUGGCCUCUCUGCGAAGCAGCUGUAUGACAUGACGGAGAUCUGGACAUGUCUCGGCGUACUGUUGCAGCCUUUGCACGGCAAAUGUGUCGAGGCUAGAAACGCGGGUAUCUUCCAAGGACUGGAUAUUCCCGAGGGCGAUACCGUUCGCGAAGAGACUGCACUAGAGGAGUGGACAUCUUACGUGCUUACUCUUGGGCUCUCCGCCGUCUUGACUCUCAGCUCGCUCUGCCCCGCCGAAGCCACCACCGCCACCUUCACCAAGGCCCAAUCCAAUGGCCUAACCAAAUGGGAGCCAACCGAAACUGAGACCAGUCGUUCAUCCUUCCUGAAAGAAGCCGUUUCCCGUGUCUACGAAGAGCUAGAGCGUUCCCUCGCUUCCAGCAGCCCCAAGGAAAUCGCCUACCCUCAACCCCAAUCUUUCCAGCGCCGUAAGCAAUUCCAAGAAGAGCUGCGCACUCGCCGUCUUCGCGGUCCACCAAGUCGCGAGGGUGCACCAGGUACAUCCUUCGCCGACGAGCGACCCAUGUCAGAGUUCAGCACAAUCGUACAUAACCUCGACGGAAGAACGCCACGCGACGCACCGCCCGUCCCACCCGUUCCAGCCCUAUCAUUCGACCGACUCUCCUCCUCCACAGCAGCCAUCCACCCCUCCAACCAGUCCUCGCGCCCCCCGGCUCUCCGUCCACAGGUCCAAGACCCCGUUGAUCGAGCGAUUUCUCGCAUGGUCAAUGAGCUGGGCUUCAACCAGGACGAUGUCAAGUGGGCGCUUAAAAUCACUGAUACUGGCGAGGGCAUCGACGUCGAUGCCGCUGAGCAAUUGCUUAAGCAGCAGAAGCGCAAGCAUGAGCGGAAUCCCUUCGCCCCACGGGGUAAGGAUAGUUUGCUCAGGUCUGUGAUGAAGCGUCAAGGCUCGCAAGAUUCGGGCUGGCGCUUUGCUUGA